CAGAUAGACCUUACAGCAUUUCUCUCUCUCUACUUUUCUGCUAGCAUGAGCUAGCAAUAGCUUUGUUUGUUCAAGGAAGAGGAAAACAAACAACUAUAUGGGGAACUGUUGCUGUUGGGGUCUUCAACCUACAGGUGAUCGUCCAGCUGACACUAACAAUCAAUCAGGGAGACUUCCAUUCUCUUUUGGUCUCAGCAACUUAGGAUUGAUAACAAAUGGCAAUUCCACUUCUCUUGGGCGUAGCAGCAACUCUGGAGGAAAUAGCAGACUAUUUAGUAGUAGUAAUAAUCACUCAACAGGAAAUAAUACAAGUACCUCCUUUUGGGGCUCUGAGAAUAGCCAGAUCUCUCGAGUAAGAGAAGAUGAGGAGUUUCCUUAUGGGCAUAUCUUGGAUGCUGCAAACUUGAAAGUUUUUACUUUGGCAGAACUGAAAGCAGCCACUAGAAAUUUUCGUCCAGAUACUUUAUUAGGAGAGGGUGGGUUUGGUAGAGUAUACAAGGGUUUGUUUAAGGGUUUGUUUAAGGAGAGAGCAACAUCAAAAAGAGACGUGGAUUCAACUAUUGCCAUAAAAAAAUUGAAUUCUCACAGCACGCAAGGAUUUGCAGAAUGGCAGUCAGAGGUGAAUUUCUUAGGAAGGCUCUCUCAUCCCAACCUUGUAAAGCUGUUGGGAUUUGGACGUGAGGAUGGUGAGUUAUUUCUGGUGUAUGAAUUUUUGCACCGUGGAAGCUUGGACAACCACCUAUUUGGAAGAGGUUCAAAUGUUCGUCCACUUUCAUGGGACAGAAGGCUGAAAAUUAUGAUUGGAGCAGCUAGGGGACUAAAUUUCCUUCACUCCUUGGAGAAGAAAAUUAUAUACAGAGAUCUCAAACCCUCAAAUAUACUACUUGACAAGGCAUACACAGCCAAGUUAUCAGACUUUGGCUUGGCCAGAUCUGUUCCUUCUGAUGACCGCACUCACGUAUCAACACAGGUUGUGGGAACAUGUGGCUAUGCCGCCCCGGAGUACAUUGCCACAGGUCAUUUGUAUGUGAAAAGUGAUGUAUAUGGAUUUGGGAUUGUUUUGUUGGAGAUACUAACCGGUAAGCGGAUAGGCGAGAUAAUACGCCUUAGCGAGCCAAAGUCCCUACGUGAUUGGCUCAAAUCAAACCUAUUAAGUAGAGCAAAAUCCAGAAGCAACAUGGACGCAAAAUUGGAAGGAAGGUAUCCACCGAACUUAGCUUCACAAGUAGCUCAACUUGCUCUCAAAUGCAUCCAAACAGAGCCCAAAGUUAGGCCAUCAAUGAAGGAAGUCCUCGAAACAUUAGAAAGUAUUGAAGCAGCCAAUGAGAAACCAGCUGAUAAUAUAAAGAGGACUACAAAUUCCAAGGCAGCUCAGCUACAUGGCCAGCCAGAUGGUGGUUAAUGGUACCCAUUAACACCAUCAUAUCAUUUGAAAACGAUAUAUAAAUGAUUGCACGCAUAGAAGCUUAUAGUUAAAGAUGCAUCCCAACAUUUUUGGAUUUUGCGUGAAGCCUGAGUAUCUGCACUCCAAAACGACAUAUUAAGCACGACCGAGCCUUAGUUUUUUUAAUCGUUAAAUUAGUGGUCAUGUUAGUUUUCUGAGUAUGAACUCAGAACUCUGCAUAUUUUGAACACCUUUGGCGUCAUUCAAUUCAACUCGUCGCCCGAGUUGCAUGCUUGGAAUCGACACUAGGCUUUGAUAAGCCAACAUGUGAAGUUCCCUUGUUCAAGUUCAAUUAAUUUUUCACCAUGUUCUUGGAGCUUGUAAAGUAUGAAAUCAUCAAUUCAUGAUUGAUUAGUUGUUUUGUUUAAA